AUGCCUCUGCCCUUUGUCGACGAGCGCAGAUAUAGAACUGUUGGUUGUGGACGUCGAGUAGAUAUCCGCGAAAAAAAGACGAGAGUACGAAAAUGCAGGGGCGGAGAGCCUUAUCGCAGUCGUACGUAUGUCGGUAUGCCGGGUCGAUCGAUCAUUCAUCGUGUGCGUCGUGGAUAUGGAAAGGUAGAAGCAGCGUCGGCAAGUCUCAACCUCGAAUUGCUACGAAUCAGCUUGCGAGCCAACCAGCAGUCAAGCCCCGACGAGACUUUCCAGAAACCUCAGGCGCAAGCACGCAGUCCGGAUGGCCCACAGGGCGCCGACAAGCCAGAAGCCCACUUUGUGCCGUGA